AACGGAUUUUUGUAGAUGUCAGCUGUCACUUCACUACAGACGUUAGUCAGCGGAGAGAAAGCGUAGUUUGUUGGCACUUAACCAAAGUAAAACAAACUACAACCACAUUCAUCCACUCAUUUGACAUUUCGAUAAGAUUUUGCUUCAGAGAAACAGGCAAAAAGACACUGGUUAUUCGGAAAAGCUGCGGAGGGGUGUGACUGAUCUAAGAUCAGUGCCAAUCGCGCGUCAAGCUGCCUAUACAGAGGGCACUGCGCCAGGCUAUGUGCCAUUCAAAGCCAGUGACAAAGAAAAAAUCGGAAAAGAUUGUAAAAAGGUAGACGACCGAGGGGGUGACCGUGUAGAUAAGCACGAGUGACCGAAACCCCGACGCGAGCAGCGCCUUUGUUUCGUCCAGAUUAUGUGAGAGCGCCUUUUUCGGUUGAUGCUCGACGAGACAACGAAAAUGUGCGGAAGAGGCAUGAUGUGCCAUUGGGAGGUCUACGGUGACAGAACCCCCAUCAAGGAGACGGAGAAAGUCAAGAACGAGUGGAGAAAAGGCAAGCACAGGUGGCAGAAACUGGGGAGGAGGCAAGGAAGAAAAGCGCACUAUCUAGAAAUGCGCAAACACCGCGCGAGGCUGCAAGGCGCAGUGGUUUCGUUGCGCCCCGCGAACCGCGCGCCUGGCAUGAGGGCACCAAGGAACACCAACCAAUUUCUAAUGCACGAGAAAUAUCAGAUGAUGCAUAUGCGAUCGGACUCGGUGGGCAUGGAGAGCGGCUCCGAUUGCGAAAUGGACUUUGCGGAUAUGGACUCGUAUCUCGGCGUGCUCGAGAACGCUAGGGGCGCACUGCUGGACAGUCCGGAUCUUCCCUCGCCACCCACAUUUUACGCACGACAGAUCAAGCAAACGUUUCCUUUCUUCAACUUCGACCAAGAAGAAAGCAUGCAGUAUUUCCCAUCCGAAGAUGAUAUGAUACAAAGUGAAGAUUUCAUGCAAAGGGACUUCAAAGAGUUUUGUGAUAAUGUGGCACCUUGUGUUUAAACACCUGCCACAGGUAACGUGUUUACAUGUUUUGUGUUUUUAAAAAAACUAAAUCUGUUCAAUGCAAUGUUACGAGGUAUUUUUGUUGCUUGUUUGUGCUGUAAUGUGUUAUUAUUAUGAGUUGACUGUUAUGAGAAGGGGGUGGGGCAAAGUAGGAGUGACACGAGACAGCCAAUCACAUUCGUGAUCAUUUGAGCACUCAUGACAAACAGCAGUGGGCUGUACUGCAAACUUAUAUUAUGAACGUUUUUCAUAAUAAAACGACAUUUUGUUACAAA